GAAAACAAUAAUUGUUUCUAAAAAGAAGAUUAUUUUCGUUUACCUUCUAUUAUAUAUUGUAUGUCUCUUAUCUUGUUUUUUUGCUAGCCUUUUACAGUGUUUGAUCUUAAUGUACAUGUCCUUUACUUCUUUGAAACAGAUGAAGAAACCACAGAUUAUGGUUUUAAGGCCAGCUUGUUAAUUUAUUAUUAGGGUUUUUGUGUUAUCUGUUUUGUUAUGAUCCCUUGCUUAGUGUCUUAAGUUUUCUACUAGUUAGGCAAUGGAAGAUCUAUGCAUGGCUAGGUAAAUAGAGCAUAUUGAUGAUAAACUCUUGUGUUGCUAGGUGAAUAAAAACGGAAAAAUGGGUCGUGGUAAGCUAACCAUGGAACUCAUACGCAAUGAGAGAUCUCGGAUGAUUACUUAUCACAAAAGAAAGAAGGGUUUGACAAAGAAAGCAAGGGAAUUCCAAAUUCUCUGUGGUGUAGAUGCAUGUGUUAUCAUUUUGGGGCCAAAACUGAAUAAUCAUCCUGUUGAUGUCGAAACCUGGCCAACCGAUCGCAUUGAGGUCAGACGCAUUAUCAACAGGUUUAGGUCGGAAGGUGCAGACCGAAAGAAAACACAAGAUUUGUCUUUUUUUUUUGAAGCUCGGAAGAAGAAACUGGAUGAUGAAAUUGCUAAACUGCGCAAAGCCUGUAUGGAAGCAAAGUUCCCUGCAUGGGAUAAUCGCCUCAACUUGUUAUCACUCGAGCAACUCAGGGUACUUGCAGGAGUUUUCGAAUCUAAACUUGAUGUUGCAAGAGGUUGGAUAUUGAAGCUAAAAGGCAACCCCUUUUUGAUGGAAGAUUCCAAGUCAGGGAUUAAUGCAGCUGGCUCCAUUAGUGAUAAAUCAAGCCUUCUGGCUCCAUUACUUCCGAAGAAUAUUGAAUUAGAGGCUCUUAACCAGCAACCCUUUCCUUGUGCCAAACCAAUAGAUAUGCCACUGGCUACGUGCUACCCAUCUCAUCAGCUGCAACAGAUGCUUCCAUUCAAUGUCAAUCCUAUCAAUAGUCCCAUGUUGAUGAUGAUGAACCAUGAAGACUUCGGUCACUUUGGCGGCCUUUCUAGUAGCAGCACCAUAAAAUCCACAGUUCAAUACAAUUAUGAUCCUGCCACAGAGAUGAUAGGGAAUAUGAUGUUCAACAAUCCCAGCUGGGCACACUCUGCAAGCUAUCAUGGUCCAAGCAGGCAACCGAUUUCUCCCUACAGGCAGGGUCCAAUGACGCAGAAUGUUUCUUCUCAACUGUGCAUCCCUCAGUUCUCUUAUUUUUUUGAUGUCAACGAGCUUGAGAUGAACAGAACAGAAAACUUCGCGAUGAAAACAGAUGCUUUUUGAUUGAAACGUAGACACAUGCAUAAACAAACGGGCACCUAAUCACGAGUGAUUUUGAAUGUUUAUGUUAGAUGUGUUGUCUUUUGAG